GCUCCUCGAGGGUCAGUACGAGACUUGCUUAUGACCCAAAGGGUUUUUGGGGGUGCUGGUUCCACUGAAGAAUCCUAUCCAAAUGAGAAAGUGUUUUAUUGGGAUGCAGGUUUUGGUCUUUUUCAUUUUUCCAAUCUUGUUUCGUAAUUGAUCUUUCAUGAGAUUUAAGGGCUCUUAGGAAGAAAAGCAAAAUAAAGGUAAGGAGGAGCGUAAGGUAAAGCAAAAGAAGAGGUCUUUCUCAUACACAGAUCCCUAUGGAAUUCAGGAAGGAUACCCAGCAUUGCUUGUUGCAGCUCAUUCUUUUUGUUUAGUUUAAAGGAACUUGCUUUGUUCUCUUUAAAAAUCUUUUCAGAGAGAGAGAGAGAGAGCACAGUUCCAGUUGCGGGAGUUGGGUUUGUUUAGAUGAGUGCUUAGAUAUGGUCCAAUCAAUGUUGCAGCUAGCAAACAAAAGAUCCAGUUUCAUCGAAGGGAAUGGAUGUUAGUAUGAUUAGUUAAUUUCUUUGCCAAUGAUUGAGUUGCCUCCCCUCAAAAGAAACUUGCCCAGAACCUCUGCUUAGUGGGAAAAAGAGUAACAUCGAGAGAGGAUGAAAUCCAUGGAAAAUGAUUAUAUUAACAAUAACAGCAACGACAACAACGCUAACUGGAUGGGUUUUUCUCUGUCUCCUCACAUGACCAUGGAGGUUUCUUCAGGCCCUCCUAACCAUCACCAAACACAUCCUCCCUCUGCUGCUGUUUCUACUGCAGUCCCGGCAAACUUUUUUCAUUCCCAACCUCACCUGUACUAUGGUAUUUACCAUGGAACUGAAGGAGAUGCUAGCUUAUAUGCCCCCCUAUCUGCAAUGCCACUCAAGUCCGAUGGGUCUCUUUGUAUGAUGGAAGCUCUCGACAAGUCACAACCACAAGCAAUGGGAACUACUUCAACUCCAAAGCUGGAGAAUUUCUUUGGAGGUGCUGCCAUGGGGACCAAUCACUAUGAAAGCAAUGACAGAGAAGCUAUGGCUCUGAGCUUAGACAGCAUGUUUUACAAUCAGAUGCCAGACCAUGAGGCCAACAACCAAAAUUGCCUGGACCAUUUUGAUCAGAGCUCCAGGAACCAAGAACAGCCACAGCAGAUUCAGGCCCAACACUAUUCGUAUUACUCUGGCUUUAAAAGCCAUGCUAUGAUACUAAGGGACACAAGGGAGUCUCAGUUUGCAGAUUGCAAUCUCCAGCUUCCAACAAUGGCAGAUGAUAGGGUCUCUGGCUUGAAGAACUGGAUCUCAAGGAUCUAUCCAGUUAAUCAGUUGGGGGAACAGAAGAUGAUUGGUUGCAUGGGUGACAAUGGAAGUGAAUCUGGAGCUAUCGGUGCAAUGUCAUGUGGCGAUUUACAUUCUUUAAGCUUGUCCGUGAGGUCUGGCUCCCAGUCAAGCUGUGUUACAGGUUCACAGCGCAUCUCGCCCACUGUCACUGACUAUAUAGGCAUGGAUACCAAGAAAAGAGGGCCUGAAAAGGUGGAUCAGAAGCAAAUUGUUCAUAGGAAGUCCUUGGAUACGUUUGGGCAGAGAACCUCCCAGUAUAGAGGUGUUACAAGGCAUAGAUGGACUGGUAGAUAUGAAGCCCAUCUGUGGGACAACAGUUGCAAAAAAGAAGGCCAGAGCAGGAAAGGAAGGCAAGUUUAUCUGGGGGGUUAUGACUUGGAAGAAAAAGCAGCAAGAUCGUACGAUCUUGCGGCACUCAAGUAUUGGGGACCCUCUACUCACAUCAAUUUCCCUUUGGAGAAUUAUCAAAAAGAACUGGAUGAAAUGAAGAACAUGACCAGACAGGAAUAUGUUGCUCACCUAAGAAGGAAAAGCAGUGGAUUCUCUAGGGGGGCAUCAAUAUACAGAGGAGUAACAAGACACCAUCAACAUGGAAGAUGGCAGGCUCGGAUUGGCAGGGUUGCAGGAAACAAGGAUCUUUAUCUUGGAACGUUUAGCACCCAAGAGGAAGCGGCAGAAGCCUACGACAUCGCGGCUAUCAAGUUUCGUGGGGUGAAUGCGGUAACUAACUUUGACAUAACAAGGUACGAUGUAGAACGUAUCAUGGCAAGUAGUACCCUUCUUCCUGGAGAAGUUGCGAAGCGAAGUAAGGAGACAGGAUCCAAUACGAUUGAGGCUUUGGACCACCUUCCUACUGAUAAAAGCAACGGGGAAUCAAUUAUCUCCCAGAAGAACAAUGAAUGUGAAUCGGAAUGGAAGACGGCUGAGCUCCAUCAGGAAACUGAUGACAAGCAACCAAAAACCGAAAGUUACAGGACCCAAUUUUUCUCAGAGGGUAUGAUUGAGCAAGAGGUAGAGGACUCAGCCAACAAACGAACUCAUUUGUCAAAUGUUUCAUCUUUGGUGACCAGCUUAAGCAGCUCGAGAGAAGGCAGCCCGGAUAGAGCUAGCCACCCAAUGUUAUUUGGAUUGCCUACAUCUUCGUCCAAGUUGUUAGCUACUCCUACUGGCGCGAAUUCUUGGAACCCUUCAACUCAAAUGAGGCCUGCUCUCUCCAUGCCUGACAUGCGACUUUUAGCAGCUUGGACAGAUGCAUAGACUUUGUCUUCUGAUAAAACAAGCAUUUCUUUUGUAUGACCGGGAGGAGAAUUUAAUGUUGGUCAUCUUUCACUUUUUUCUCUCUGUUUUCCCCCCUCUAAAAUAUUAGAAAGACUUCGUUUACGAAAUCUUAGAAGAGAUGGUUAUUAUGGCUAACUGAGGUGUAUAAUCUACACCCAUAAUGACAUUCAGCAAUCUUGAUCCUCAAGUAUUGAACCUUGUCAAUUUGUCCUUGAAUUAUAUUAAGAGCUGUUGCUUUGAGCC